AUGGUCCAGCCUGCAGCGAAUUCCCAAGCGAUGUACGACGUCAUCAUUAUCGGUGGAAGCUACGCCGGCCUGUCUGCAGCACUGACACUCUACCGAGCCCUCCACAGAUGCGUGGUCUUCGACUCCAACACGCCACGCAAUGCACCUUCGACGAAGACACGCCUCACCUCCGGAUGGGAGGGCGAGGAUCCGAAAAAGAUGCAGGAAGCGACUAGAUCUGAGCUGAAAGCGUCACGCCUCGUCGAUUUCAUUCCACAACCCGUCGUAACGGCGAGGAAGACCUUGGGCGGGAGUUUUGAGGUCAUCGAUGCAGGCGGGGAAAAAUGGACAGGUAAGAAGGUGCUCUUGGCGACCGGAGUGCAAGAAGCAUACCCGGACAUAGAAGGAUAUGCAGAAAAUUAUGGGAAGUCAAUCUUCUACUGCAUGUUUUGCUUCGGAUAUGAGCAUCAGGGCAGUCGAACUGCAGGCGUGCUAGCUGUCGGCACUCUAGCCCAUCCCGGGCAUGCUAUCACCAACGCGCAAGAUGCUCAUAAAUUCGUGGAAUCAGUGACCAUCUACACCAACGGUGAUUCAUCGCUGGCGGAGGAGCUGGCAGUCAAAGUCCCCGAAGGGAUCCACGUUGAAAACAGACGUAUCAAACGCCUGGUCAAAGGGACGGAUGAUCGCGGAAUAUGCAUAGAGUUUGACGAAGGGGAGCAGAUAUUACUGGCUUUCGUUGUCCAUAAGCCAGACCUGAGCGUGGAUCGUACGCUUUCCGAUCAGCUUGGAGUUGAGUGUAUCCCAGGCAUGGGCAUCAAGGUAACGCCGCCGUUUAAUCGGACCAGCGUUGAGGGCGUGUACGCUGCAGGAGAUUGCUGUUCCCCUUUGAGGAUGAUUCCUAACGCUAUGAGCAUGGGUUCUUUUGCAGGGUGUGGAAUAGCACGAGAACUACCGAGGAUAUCGCGUAAGGUAGGAGGCCGGAAGGGACUCGCGAGUUAAAGGAAGCCCCUGCUUGAGGGAGUUUGGUCGGCGAGGAAUGCAAGACCUUGGCCAAGCUUAACGCG